GUGAAAAAAUGGGUUUUCAAGUUUUUUUUCUUUGACCUGUUUCUAUUGCUAUCUGGCUAUUCCGUGGCCAAACAACAACAUCCGAAACCGGAAAAGGUGAAAAACGAAUCAUCAGGGGGUUGGCGGUUGGCAUCAUUUUGCAACGCUGUGAGAACCGAUCAACCGACGCACAAGAGCACAACAAUCUGCGGCUGAGAACAGGGUGUCUUUAAAGGAAACCAUCGGAAACAGCGCCGGCAACAUCUCCAGUUAGCCCGUUGAGCUACCAACGGGAACGAAAAGCACCUAAUCGGAACAGCUCAAAUCCAGAACAUCCGCGUCCAUGCACUAAAACAAGUGGCUUUGUUGUGUCUAGCGGUCUGUAAGCGAUGUUACCAGCUAACUGAGAUCGGGCUUCCCAGUUGAUUUCAUGCGAAGGAUAGCGGAUUCCACGAGCGGAAGCGUUACAGGGCAAACUAGAACAUCAACGAAGAUAACAACACCAGAAAAGCAACCAACAAUAUUGCAGAGCGUCACAAAAAUUGGGCCAUGUGGUCAUAGUAGCGAUCUCUAGAAGGUCAGAGGGUGAUUACUACAACUUAGUAGCAUACAGUGUAAUUUGUCGUGACAAUUAAUAACGCAGCAUACGCGGAAGAAAGGUAAUGGUAGUUAGGUAAAUCUGAUGUGCAUAAUCUGACCCUUGACGCUCAACGCUAAAAGCAAUAUGGGCCCCACAACUAAACUCACGUUGGCAAAAGCCACUCAAACUGAGCAGUCUUCCACUUCUGAUGAUAGUUUAAUCACAGUGUGUACGCUAAGAACAAUCUUAGCAUCAUUAUCAGAUCUCAAUAAGAUGGUUGGUUCGAUGAACGCUGCCAAGCAAAACUCUGCUGAAGCCGACCCACCCAGCGGUAACGACCCUCACCUGCCGAAUACGAUCCUUCCGCCCGUAACUAGCCUUGCAGAACUGUUCGAACUGGAAGAGAACGCUAGUAACGAAGAUUUCGUAACAUCUGCGGUCAUUUGUUUUGGGCGUAUGUUCGGUAGACAUAAUUACAAGGGUAGAGGGAGAACAGUGUGUCUCAGGCUGAUUGAAAGAGUGUUCGAGGUGCAGUUCUUGAGCAACUGUUCGUGGUCAGAGAGCGGAAAGGAAGGAAACAUCGAUUUGAUAGACUUCGAGAAUACAUUUAACAUGUUGUAUAAGACAGUGAUCUAUACAGAUCCGGAUUUUACUACGCAACAGAUGAAACACUUUUUCCGAUUGGCCAUAAUGUAUGCCAAAAGACGAGCCAAUGAAAAAAGGCAAAAGCAAUCGACAAUUACUGUACAACACACCGAUAUCGAUGAGAGCUUUGAUGAAACGUGCUUAGAGAGUGUAGUGGAACAAGAUAGUAUGGUGGAACAAGACAUAGUCGAACAGGAAAACAUGAUGGAGCAGGCGACAAUUGAUGAGGAAUUUAAGAAACAAGAUUCUAAUUUGAUAGAGAGCAACCAUUUAGCUGGCCAUGCUAUCUAUGAGACAGAACAGUUGACUCCAGUAGCGAACAUUUCACCGGUAAAGAAACAAUCUGAUGUGUCCACGUCAAGUGACACUUCUCUAAACGUUCUCAAUAAGAUCCUCCAGCCAGUGAACAGUCUUGCUGAACUCAGUUUGCUAGAGAAAAAAGCCAAGAACGAUGGAUUUGUUUUAGCAGUCAUAUCCCGUUUUGGGAAAAUGUAUGGAGAAGGAUUGCAUAAAGGCAAAGGAAAAAUUGUGUGUUCCCGGCUUCUUGACCAAUUCUUCGAGCGCGAUUUCCUGUGCAACUGUUGCCUUACGAGCAGUACCAAAUACAAAGAUAAAAUAGCUAUUGAGCGGUUUCCUAACACGAUUAAUUUGCUCUUCAGGACAGUGAUCAAUUCCGAUCCCGAGUACACCAUGCUGGAAAUGUGUACCUUUUUACAGAACACGCUUCCUAUUUCCAAAACACGUUCUAAAACUAAACAAGAAGGUGAAGGCUCAGCAACGAACUCCAAGCGAUCCAAAUUAGUUGCUGUGUCCAACGAGUCAAAUCUUGUAUUAGCGACAGCAGGCAAAGAAGACCUAAACAGCGAGAAGAUAGAAGAGUAUCAGGAAGAGAUAACCACAAUAGAAUUAGUCUCAUCGGCGGAUGAUUGCACUUUAACGACGACCAAUAUGAUACCAUCGGAUGAAGAUGGUCCAUCGAAAAUUGUUCUUGAAAUAAUAGACAGUCAAUUUUCCAAAAGCAACGCGCCAUUAUUGGAUGUGAACAAUCAAAUCGAAUCCAAUUCACCAGAAGCACAGCAUAAACGAAUAGCUCGGGAAAAGGGUCUUUUGGAAUUGUUUCCCAAAACGAUACUGUCACCCGUAAAUAACUUCAAUGCACUACAUGCGCUGGAGAAAAAGGCAUCGAGUCAAUCUUUUGUCAAAGCAUUGAUCUUCAGCUCUUCGAAAAUGUUCGGAAGAGGACAAUGGAAAGGAAAGGGAAAGAUCGUUUGUGCGAAGCUGAUUGAUUUGUUCUUUGAAAAAGAAUUCUUGAAGAGAUGUUCUUGGACGGGAAGUGCAAAAGAAAGUGGCGUGGUUGCAUUCAAAGAUUUCAAUGGCAUCUUUAACAUGUUCUACCAAAUCGUCGCCUUUGCUGCGCCUGAUUUUACGAUGAAUGAAAUAGAAGUUUUUUUCCGUGGUCGAUUGCGCAAUCGAAGAUAAAUAUGGUUGGCAGCUGUAUGCAUGUCAAAUUUAUCAGAUUUUUUUCCACAAACUCAUUUGUUGUAAAAUCUAUCUUAAGAAAUGUAAUGUAAUGUGAAAACGUUUCAUUUUAAACUAAUAAAAUACUAAAAUGCUGAGUUUA